AUGCCUGUGCACACCCCACACAUCAAGACAUCCGCCUUACCGCAAGGCUCGCCUACCCAAGCGUCGCCUGCGCGCUCUACGCCCGGCUCAGCAGCGAAGCCACCGGUUGUGAAGGCCUUACCAACUGUACGCGACCACACGACUGACCAACUCGGACCGGAAGGAGACGAAUACAUACCUCGUGAAAUUGAUGUCGACGGAGAGACCAAGGUCUCCAAGGACGGAUACCCUCUCGACGGCCGUAGAUACAAAUGCCGGACAUUCCAGGUCCCCAACCGGGGCGAGAAGCUCUUCAUGCUUGCGACCGAGUGCGCACGCGUGCUAGGAUACAGAGAUUCAUAUCUUCUAUUCAACAAGAAUCGUUCGUUGUUCAAGAUCAUUGCGAAUCAACAGGAGAAAGACAACCUAAUUCACCAAGAAAUACUCCCUUAUUCUUAUCGAUCGCGACAAAUUGCCAUCGUCACGGCAAGAUCCAUGUUUCGACAAUUUGGAGCUCGUUUGAUCGAGGGUGGUAGACGCGUUAGAGAUGACUACUGGGAAGCCAAGGCCAGGAAGCAAGGCUUCACCGAGGAAGACCCAGCUGGAGAGAAGCGACCAGGAGCAGCCAAGGCCAGGGAACAGGCUGCUGCUGAGGCCGCCGCACACACUCAUGCUCUUACUUCGCUGCCGCAGGGAGAGAUCAUCUACAGCAAUGCGCCAGGUAUUGACGGAGGCCCGCCAGGCAUGGGCCCCGUCUCACUGGCGCCGCUUCCCAUGAUCCAUCUCCCUAGUGAGGACCUCCGAGCCAGCGUCGCAGGAGCGAAUGUCAUCAGACCGAGACAGGAACUUACAGGACCACCAUACAUCGACCGUACACAGUCCAGUGGUACGGCAGAAAUCAUGAGUCAAGCGGCCGGCGCUGCUGAGUAUAACAAGCAGCUGGCAGCACAGAGAGAUCAUCGUUUUGGCUAUUUGGACAAUUAUUGGAAAAGACCACAUGAGCAGCCCACCACAGAGAGUUCAACCGAGCAGGCGACGAGUAGCACAGUCGCCCCUCAAACCAUGCAGAGUCCACAGGCCGUUGCAGGUAUUGGUCAGCAUCGUCAGCAGGAAUCGAUUUCACACUCUGGCUCGCAGAUGCUACAGCAAAAUUAUCCCAACUAUCAGAACCAGCAGAACCCGAUGGCAUCUCCUGUUCAGGCGGCAAUGCAACGUCAAACGAAUGCCAUGCAAGGGUCUCCAAUGGGCAUGGGCGGUCAUCGACAAACGCCUUCUUAUGGCGGAUAUAACCCCAGCCAGAUGUGGCCAC